AAAGACACGCCGCACUCAAGAGCUUCUUCAGACACACGCAGAGAAAUACGAAAACGAUCGCGAAACUUCGAAUAUUUACUUAGAAUGGUGUGAUAAAAGCUAUCGUGGUAUACAUAAUCUAAAAGUCAGUUUCUAUGUGUUGUCGAACCGAUUAAAUGUAAUUGAUUACUGCCAGAUAGUUGUAUACGCAUUUGAAUAACUUUUCUUUAUGAGUUUAUUCUUUCUUCUCAAAGGCAGGAGAGAGUUGCUUAAUGGAGUGAGACCAACGUUGCUAAAUUGUUUCGUGUAAUAAAGUUUGUACGCAUCGUUUUGAAACCAAUCUCAACAACUUUCUUGCUUUCAUUGAGCAAGGCGAUUGGGACAUCGGCUUCAGUCUUCUGGAGUCAUCCCCGAGGAAACGCUGGACAAAACUCUGGCAGAAUGAGCACCGAUAAAAACAAGGUGGAGGAUGAGGCAGUGCUGGACAGAGGGGCAUGCUUUGUCAAGCAUGUCUGUGAUGAGGAGGAGGUGGAAGGUCACCACACCGUGUAUAUUGGUGUGCAUGUGCCCAAGAGCUACCAGCGGAGACGGCGCCACCGACGCAAGUCCAGCCACAAGGAGAGGAAGGGGAGGCCGGCGGACAACGUGGAGGGGGACAAAUCAGAUGGAGAGAAUGCUGACGAGGCAGCGCCCAACAUCCUCAAACCCCUCAUCUCUGCAGCAGCAGAGAGGAUAAGGUUUAUCCUGGGUGAGGAGGAUGACGGCCCCCCGCCCCCUCAGCUCUUCACUGAACUGGACGAACUGCUGGCCGUCGAUGGACAGGAGAUGGAGUGGAAGGAGACAGCCAGGUGGAUAAAGUUUGAGGAGAAGGUGGAGAAGGGAGGAGAGCGUUGGAGUAAGCCCCACGUGGCCACAUUGUCCCUUCACAGUCUGUUUGAGCUGAAGACCUGCAUUGAGAAAGGCACCAUCCUGCUGGACCUGGAAGCCUCCACUCUACCACAGGUGGUCGAGUUGAUCACUGACAGCCAGAUCGAGAUCGGUCAGCUGAAGCCUGAGCUAAAGGAUCAGGUCAUGUACACGUUGCUACGGAAACAUCGUCACCAGACCAAGAAGUCCAACCUGCGCUCGCUUGCUGACAUCGGCAAGACGGUGUCCAGUGCAAGUAGGCUGUUUUCCAACCAAGACCAGAACGGUAGCCCAGCCACGGCCCAUCGGAAUCUGACCUCCAACAGCCUCAACGACUUUUCUGACCAACCAGAUAGAGACCAGCUGAAGAAUAAGUUGAUGAAGAAGCUUCCACGUGAUGCCGAGGCGUCUAACGUCCUGGUCGGAGGGGUGGACUUCCUGGACACACCCUUCGUGGCGUUUGUCCGCCUGCAGCAGGCUGCCAUGUUGGGAGGUUUGACAGAGGUCCCCGUCCCUACCAGGUUCCUAUUUGUGCUGCUGGGGCCCAAAAGCAAAGCCAAGUCCUACCAUGAGAUCGGACGAGCUAUCGCCACCCUCAUGUCUGAUGAGGUGUUCCAUGACAUUGCCUACAAGGCCAAGGACAGACAGGACCUGCUGGCAGGCAUUGAGGAGUUCCUUGAUGAGGUUAUCGUCCUACCUCCUGGGGAGUGGGACCCUGACAUCAGGAUAGAACCCCCCAAAUCCCUGCCCUCCUCAGAUAAGAGGAAGAACCAGUAUAAUGCUGGAGGCGGAGGGGAUGGCCCCCAGAUGAACGGGGACACGCCGGGACAUGACGGGGGUCAAGGAGGAGGAGGGGGACAUGGACAUGUUGGAGAAGAGCUCAUGAACACUGGAAAGUUUUGUGGUGGCCUCAUCCUGGACAUCAAGCGAAAGCUGCCGUUCUUCGCCAGUGAUUUCUACGACGCCAUACACAUCCAGUCGCUUUCCGCCAUCCUGUUUAUCUACCUGGGCACCGUGACCAACGCCAUCACCUUCGGAGGGUUGCUAGGAGAUGCUACAGAAAACAUGCAGGGUGUGUUGGAGAGUUUCCUGGGCACGGCACUGACGGGGGCCAUAUUCUGUCUGCUGGGUGGCCAGCCUCUCACCAUUCUCAGCAGCACAGGUCCUGUACUGGUGUUUGAAAGGCUCCUCUUCAACUUCAGCAAAGACCAUGACUUUGACUACCUGGAGUUCAGGCUGUGGAUCGGCCUUUGGUCAGCCUUCUUCUGCCUGGUGCUGGUUGCCACAGAUGCCAGCUCCCUGGUCAAGUACUUCACACGCUUCACAGAGGAGGGCUUUUCUUCCCUCAUCUCCUUCAUCUUCAUCUACGACGCCUUCAAGAAGAUGCUGAAGCUGGCCCACUACAACCCCAUCAACGCUGACUAUGACCCCAACUACGUCACAAUGUACGACUGCCGCUGCAUGCCCCCACCGGACGACGGCAAUAUGACGGGUCUCUAUAUCGACGCCUCUGUCUGGAUAAACAAUGCUGAUCUGUCGGUAAAUGCCACAUGGGCGUCUCUCGACAAGAAGCAGUGUGUGGUGUACGGCGGCGAGCUGAUUGGUCCAGCCUGUGGCUUCGUCCCUGACGUCACUCUGAUGUCAUUCAUCCUUUUCCUGGGGACCUACACCUGCUCCAUGUCCCUCAAGAAGUUUAAGUUCAGCCGCUUCUUCCCCACCACUGUGAGGAAGCUGAUCAGUGAUUUUGCCAUCAUCCUGACUAUUGUUAUCUUCUGUGGAGUGGAUGCCUUUGUCGGAGUGGACACACCCAAGCUCAUCGUGCCAACUGAAUUCAAGCCCACCAGCCCCAACCGUGGCUGGUUCGUGCCCCCAUUUGGAGGGAACCCGUGGUGGGUUUAUCUGGCAGCAGCCCUCCCUGCUCUCCUGGUCACCAUCCUGGUGUUCAUGGACCAGCAGAUCACCGCCGUCAUCGUGAACAGGAAGGAGCACAAACUUAAGAAAGGGGCAGGCUACCAUUUGGACCUGUUCUGGGUAGCAAUACUACUGAUCGUUUGUUCCUUCAUGGGUCUGCCCUGGUACGUGGCUGCUACUGUCAUCUCCAUCGCCCACAUCGACUCUCUGAAGAUGGAGACCCAGUGCUCUGCCCCUGGGGAGCAACCCAAGUUCCUGGGUGUCAGAGAGCAGAGAGUGACCGGUGUCUUUGUCUUUGUUCUGACUGGACUGUCUGUCUUCAUGGCUCCCAUCCUCAAGUUCAUCCCUAUGCCCGUGCUCUAUGGCGUGUUCCUCUACAUGGGCGUGGCAUCUCUCAACGGUGUCCAGUUCUUGGACCGGCUGCAGCUGCUCCUGAUGCCAGCCAAGCACCAGCCUGACCUGAUAUACUUGCGCCACGUUCCCCAGCGUCGUAUCCACCUGUUCACCUUCAUACAGGCCCUCUGCCUUGCCCUUCUCUGGGUCCUCAAGUCCACUGUCGCUGCAAUCAUCUUCCCUGUCAUGAUCUUGGCCCUGGUGGCAGUCAGAAAGGCCAUGGACUACAUCUUCUCCCAGCAAGAUCUCAGCUACCUGGAUGACGUCAUCCCAGAGAAAGACAAAAAGAAGAAGGAGGAUGAGAAGAGGAAGAAGAAACAGAAGAAAGGAAGCAUCGACAGUGAAAUCGAUUUUCCCCCUGAGUACCCCUACAAUGACAAAAUCCCCAGUAUUAAAAUCUCCAUGGAUAUAAUGGAGACGGAGCCCAUGUUGGGGAAUAAGGAUAAGGCCUCGGACAGACCCCCGCUGUCUUUCCGUGACCAACACUCACCAUGUUGAGGACUACUUUGAGCCCACUACUGUAGCAAGGUAUCUGUGUGAGCGAGCCUGCGUGACUUAUUCUAUACCCCCAGACACCCACAGAUUUAUAUAGUGUGACAAUCAGUCAUAGAGUAUAGCGUGUCAUGGCUCUCUACCUUCUCUCUGUCUCCUCACUCUCUCGCUCUUUAUCCCUCUCCUCUCUUUCUAUCUCUCAGUCUGAAUCUAUUGAAAAAAACGGCGAGAUGUAAGUGUUUGUAUGAGAGGGGGGUGGUUGCAUUUGAAAAUCCUUAAUUUGCUGUAGAGGUCAUGCUCUACACCAAGGAAAACGUUGAAGUUCUUUGGAAGCCAUUCAUUGCUUAUUCAUGGGUAUGGUAUUAAUGAUUUAUAAAGCAUUUAAACUAAUAAUGCUGCAUGUAUUCAUAAUUCAUGCCUGUUAGGUAAUUAAGUACAACACACUUUAUUAUACAACUCUUAUGGAGCUGUGAAGUUGGACUUGACUGUCCUAUUCUAUGCCUGCCAGAACAGAUCAAACUUAAAAAUCCCAUUAUCAUUUCAUGUUCAACUGUCCAUCAUCAUAGUGUCCUUUUUGGAUUUCAUGUGUUUCUGUCCUUCACACCUGUAUUGUCAUAUUUAUAUAUGCUAAAUAUUUUUUGCUCUUGAACCAAAAUGUUGGUUUGGCUAUUUUCCUUCCCAGUGUGUAUGAAACUGAUAAACUUUUCUGAUUGGUCUGUUCUAUUAGUUAUGUUUGUUGCAGGGUUGAGGUCAAUUGCAAUGUCAUUAGAAUUUCUAAUUCAAUUCUUGAAAUCACUCAUGAAGUGGAGAAUUUCUGUUGAAUUACAUUCUAAUUUAAAGAAUUUUAAAGUUUUGGAAUUAUACUGUUUGAAUUGGAAUUGAAAAGAAAAUGUUUUUUUGAAUUGAAUUGCAAUUCAAUAUUUAUACAUUUCCCAGGUAAUAUAAUUAAUGCAAAAAGUGUCAAAUCGACUGCAGGAUUUGUUUUAAAUCAUUUAAACUUGUAUUUCUAGAUUUCUAGUAUAACUUGGCUAUCUGAACACUGACAUCAGCCUUAAAGCCGGAGGGAAUUGUUGGGGAUAAUUUCAAUUGGUAAUUAAAAUAUUUUAAUUGACCUAACAUUGGAAUUCAGAGGAAAUGAAUUAUCUCUUAAUUCAACGACUGACCUGGAAUUCUAAUUGAAUUUGUGGAAUUAACCCUCGUCUGUUGUUCCUAUCGGCUUAAUAAGAGACAGGAGGACACCAACUACGAUUAUCUGUAGUAGGGAUUGAAAUAUAUAAAUAUACUUAUUUGUAGCUCUACCUCUUUGACUUAAUUAAUGUACUGUAGGUGCCAGGCAUUAUAAGUACACUAUGAUGAACACGUUAUUAUUAUGCAAUGAUUUGUCAUCAUUAAUACUGAAUUAUUUGCAUGAAAGGGCACAGCACAGGAUCUCUACCUUAUCACUUUCUGAGUUUCUUUUGCUCUGUAACUAAUUCAUUCGAGAUUUUUAUUUGUAUCACAUUUAAAUAAAUGCAAUAACAGUGACGUAUAUUAUAUCGCUGAGAGAUUAAGUGAAAUAAUAAUUAAGUGUAUUUACAAUAUGACAAUUUUUCCAGUUGUCUGUGGGGCAACAUUUUUAUUAUGACCUUUUCUAAUGGAGUGAUCAUUUAGUAAGUGUUUUUUAAGGAUAUGAAAUAAUAUUAUGAUUAUGAUCUAUGAUAUCAUUGAAGAAUCACUGUGAGACAAUGCAAUAUUGAAGUUACUUGUCUUGCAUUUCUGCAAGAACUAAUGUUGCAUAUAGUGUACAGCUUUUCAACGUUCCAAUGACCAAAUAUUCAUUCACACCCAUUCAACAUUUAAUCUCCUCCACCAGCCAGCUUUCUCGGUUGCCAGCUCUCACAGAUGCAUUGCAGCCCUUGUAGAAAUGUAGGCUUAAAUUAUUUACUUGUGCAAAAAUUCCUGGACUGGAUUUGGACUAAUUGCAGUUUCUAAGUGGCUUGAAGAUAGAGCUUUUGGUUAUGUGGUCUUAUUGAUUACUGGGUUUGUAAAUUAUUUCAAUUGUAACAUCUUCAAGCAUUCAUCUCAGCCAAUUAAAUGAGAUGAAUCAAAACUUUCACUGUGAUUCUUAUCUAUGCUGUUAUCUUCAUGCUACUCUUACAGGAGUGUAUGAAAGCAAAUAUACUGCAGCGAUAAUAUAAUACAAUUAUAUUUGUAAUCUUGCGUGGUAUAAUGUCAAACAAAAAUAUUGUAUUGUAAGUGUAUCUGAAGUAUGAUAGAACUGUGAUGAAUGUCAAAAUGAUGGUACACUCUUAAUCAUGGUCCCUAUUGAUGUCGUGUUUUCUAUCCCAAAUAUGCCAGCUCCCAUCUUGAUCUGUCUUGGGGCAAAUGUUAGUUGUCUGUAUAUCUUGACAGCAUAUUCAUUUUCUAGCUUUCUAAGUUUAGGAUUAGUCCAUGUUUUGCUGUAAAAUUUGUUGAUUCAUAGGGGGCUAAUUUUAUAAAAGUUUAUUUUUAAUAAAGUUGACACAUUUGAGAAUCUUUAUCUACAAACAUGGUUCAUAUUUAACAAGCACAAGCACUGAGAUACAAGUGUCAGUUUAUUGUAAAACGUAGAACAGAAUAUUCAAGCAAUAAAACUACUUUAAGAUAAAUGAAUACCUGUAAGAUUUAUGGUAUUUCAUUAAUAAUUGGUAUAGACUAUUUUUGAAUGAGUAUGUUACUUAAAGUGAGUUAUUUGGCAUAUUUUUCAAAUGACAUGCAUAUUGACAGCAAUAAAGUCACAUACGAAAUUA